AUGACAAAGACAACUCCAGAGGAUUCUUUUGAAGCAACCUACGCAGUGGAAAUGCAUUGUGACAGCUGUGUCAAAGACAUUACCUCAUGUCUUUCGUCAAUUCCAGAUAUAUCACUAGAUUUCCACGUCCAGCAGAAACUGCUAGCUGUUACUGGGGCUGUAGCCCCUUCUGUUAUCAUAUCAACGCUGCAGAAGUGUGGUCGCGAUGCCAUUAUUAGAGGAACAGGGAAGGCGGACAGCGCUGCUGUCUCAAUUCUGGAGACUUUCGAGCCCGUAGGCGUCAACGACACACCUGUGAGAGGUCUGGCUCGUAUUGUAAGCGUAAGUGAUACCAAGACGUGGGUCGAUAUCACAUUGAAUGGACUACACAAUCAGGGAAAUUACUAUGCCUCCAUCAGAGAAUGCGGUGACAUUUCCAAUGGUGCCGCAUCUACGGGCGGUAGCAUCUACCGCUUCCCAGAGCCUAUUGAGUGUAAAUCCAAGAGCGAUUUGGGUAAGAACUUGUAUAGCGGACAAGCGUUUUUAAGCGCUCCACUGCAAGUGUGGGAGCUCUUGGGACGUAGUUUCAUGGUUACUACUGACCCAGAGCACAGGCCUGGGCAUGGUAGUGAGGUUUGUGGCGUCAUAGCGCGCAGUGCAGGAGUAUGGCAGAAUGACAAACAGGUUUGUGCGUGCAGCGGAAAAACGGUGUGGCAAGAAAGACUAGAUGCGAUGAACAGGAACAUCACAAAGUAG